AUGGCAUCUGUCGCAGAUCUCGUCAAGCACCACUCUGAACAGAUCCGCCGCGCGUCGCCUCAGCCGCCCUCGCCAACUCUCUCGCGCAAGACCCUCGCGCCAACUUCUCCUUCGCCGCAACCCGCGCAGCUGCUCGACAUGUCGGACUCGGAAAAGACUGCUACCACAGCCACGGACCGGGUGGAGGCGACCGCAGCGGAGGGAGCGGGCGAACAACAGCAGCCACAGGAACACACGCUUGGAGAUAUUCAGGAGGCGGACAAGUCGGGCGACGAGAGCGCGCUCGAGGAGGGCGAGAUUCAUGAGACCGCAGAGGAGAAGGAGGCCAAGCUGCAGCAGGACAAAGACGACGCAGGCGACGAACCCUCUUCCUCCUCGACCCCCGCCUCUGCACCCACAAGCGACUCGCCCCUCGCCAAGAUCCUCGAAGCCCUCCCCACGCUCCCCGAAAAGACUCAGGAGAACAUCCGCACCAACCUCGAGCGGGUCGCCGGUUACCCUCGCGAGCUGCCCUUGAGCGCAUCAUGGACUCUCCACUUCUCCGACACCUCGGGCACCAAGUCGAACUCCCCCGCCGUCACCAAGGAAGCCUACACUCAGGGUAUCAUCCCCUUGUUCACCUGCACGACCGUUCCCUCCCUCUGCGGCCAGCUCAAGGCCUUCAAGCGCGCCGCUUCCUCGCGCCAGUCGCGCAACGGUCUCAAGCGCACGCGAGUCUUGCCUGGGGACGCGAACGAGGGAGAGGACGGCUUCGGCUUGACGCGGGCGGGUCAGAACUUGCAUUUCUUCCAGACGGGAAUCAGCCCAACCUGGGAGGACCCGUACAACGAGAAAGGCGGCCGAUUGACCAUCUCUCCUUCGCCCAUCAUGUUCGACUCGAUCUACGAACGCCUCAUCCUCCUUCUCGCCGGCGCCUCUCUCGAACUCCAAACCUCCCACAUCCUCCGCACCGAAGGUCCGUCUCCGAACUCGAAGCGCAAUCCCUCCGCUUCCGCGACCGAGCUACCCGAAGGGAUGGUCAUGGGCGUCGUUGCGUCUCGGCGUGCGAGGGGUGACAGGAUUGAAGUCUGGGUUGGCGGGAAGGGCAAGAAGGAGCCGGCGCCGAUGGAGUGGGUCGACCGGUUCAAGGAGGUGCUUGGUGACGAGCUUGGGCUGCCAGAGCUCAAGACGAGCAGGUACAAGAAGCAUUUGUCGUAG